AAUCGUAACACAAGACAGACGUAGUAUUUUCACCAGUUUGUUAAGCAACUUCUAUAUACAAUUUUGUAAAAGGAACUAUACAUUCCGAUUUUCAAACUAAACCAGAUUAUUUGAGAAAAAAAUUAUUCGAAAAAAAACAGCCAUACGUUUUUCAGGAAAUACCUGAAGGCUAUACAAAAAAAUUAAAGACUUGAAUUUUUUUUGUUAACUACUAGCACCUGUACCACUUUCUUUGGCUUAUAUAUACAUAGCUUACAGAUACAUAUAGCCGAUCGGACUGACGAUGGCCCCUUCGGUGGCCUGCAAUGUGACGGUGACCCACAAUUCCCUGAUUCAGUGGUCCCGUGGCGAGAUUCUGGAAUGGUUCAACGAGACGCUCAAAUGCAGCCUGACCAAAAUCGAACAUUUGUGCACUGGCGCAGCCUAUUGCAAUCUGAUGCAUAUGCUCUUUCCCGACGUCAUUAAUUUGAAACGCGUGAAGUUUGUUUCGAAUCAGGAAUACGAGUUCGUGGCCAACUUUAAGGAACUGCAGAAAGCCUUAAAUAAGGUAAAAGUGAGUCCACCCGUGCAGGUUAAUAAGUUGGUCAAAGGCCGCUGUGUGGACAAUUUCGAAUUUGCCGUGUGGUUUCGCCACUUUUACAAAGCCAACUACAAUAGCGAAAGGUGCAUGGGCUACGAUGUACUGGCCGCUCGUGACCACCAGGACAUCGGCCUGGGAAGCUCCCGAUCGACCACACCGGUCUCUGCAUCCAAGAAUCGUCGUGGCAUUGAGAUCGUGAAGAUAUCACCGCGACGUGAUCAGAAGAAGGCUGGAUAUGAAGAUUACAUCGAGACUAACCGGAACCAGUCGCCGGCAUUCAAGAAGGAUGAUCGUAAUCAAAGGAGCACCACCGCAGAAGCACCAGAGCUUAAACCUAAGCCUGGUAAGUUUCCUCAAAAUCAAAGUAAUUCAAAAGACAAAACCACGAAAGCCGCAAUGCCGGCAAAGGAGCCAACCCGAAGGAGCAAACGCUCUGUAAGAAUCCCUCCACUAGAUCUAACUGGCAUAUGCGCCGAUACUCCACGUCCAAUGACCCCGGCCAUGGGGACAAAGUCCACCAAAAAACCUGGUCGCCACAACGGUACUGGUCCCACUGGCCAAACAAUGACCGAAACACGAAAGCCAUCUGUCCAAAACGCCAGUGAUCCUGAAAAGAAGGAAGCGGCUAAACGCAUUGAAGCCGCCAACGAACGUAUACAACGCUUGGAGGCGGAGAAACGGAGCUAUGAAUUUAAGCCCGAGGCAAACGGGCCUCGAAUGGAGCAGUUGGGAGUUGGCAGGGAACAGAAGUCCCUCCAUAAGACGAACCCUAACCAGAACCCUGCUAGACCGUCUAAUAACCAGAAUGCAAAUAACCAGAACAACAAUACCCAGGAUAUCCAUAGAGAGAUCGUCGAGAUCUUCAAGUCGCCGGUGUACUUUACCGAAAAAAGCUCAAAGCCAAAAAUGCGUGAUGAUGAUGAUGAUGAUGGUGCUAUUCCCGUUAAACUCUCGAAAAAUCUGACCAAAAUUUUGACAUCUUGCGAAGUGACCAAUGAACAGCUCCUUGCCGAGGUGGUGCUCCACUGUAGCCUCAAUCUGUAUAUCAAAAACACCGAUGAUGACGACGAUGUGGACAUAGCUGUGCAAACCACCAGUAUGGAUGCAGCCUGUGGCAGCCAAACGGGAGAAGCCGCCAAGCAUUUGUAAGGAUGGUGGAGCAAUUCAAAAUUAUUAGUUUUUCUGUUUUUAUGCCAAAUUCAACUUUUCAAUCGUCGCUGGUUUUGUUUUUCUUUGUUUGGAAAUUAUAAAUUCAAAUUUUGCAACCGAAA